AUGGUCUUACUGCCCCCUCCUCCUUCCCCCGGAGAGCUUGUUGCCCCCAACGUCGCAUCCGAAUCCCUCACCGACCCAUCCGAACAGACCGGGACCGGGAGCUACACCACGGAUACACAGGUGCGUCUGCAGGUCGCCCGCGCGUUGUCUGAGAAAUGGCGUGGUCGGUCCGACGGUUCAACGUUGGGAAACGUCUGGGGGGUGGAGGAGGAGGAGGAGGAGGAGGAGGAGGAGGAGGAGGAGGAGGAGGAGGAGGAGGAGGAGGAGGAGGAAGCUUGUCUUGUCAACUGUGGCCCUGUGUGUCUCUGUUGGACAGAGCAGUUUGCGGCGUCUCUGGGGCGAGUUUGA